CUCUAGGAGACCCUGCACACCACCAUGCCCCGGGGAUUCUCCUGGCUCCACUAUCUCGGGAUCCUCCUUGGCAUGGCCCUGGGGAACCAGGGUUUGGAGGUGUGGCCCUUGACCCCGAGCGAGGAGUGCGCCAUCACUGGCUUUCUGCGGGACAAGCUGCAGUACAGGAACCGCCUUCAGUACAUGAAACACUACUUCCCCAUCAACUACAGGGUCAGCAUGCCUUAUGAGGGGGUGCUCAGAGUGGCCAACGUCACAAGGCUGCAGAGGGCCCGGGUGAGCCAGCAGGAGCUGCGGUAUCUGUGGGUCUGGGUAAGUCUCAGUGCCACCGAGGCCGUGCAGCAGGUGCUGCUCGAAGGCCACCCAUCCUGGAGGUACCUGGAGGACAUACACACUCUGCUGGUGAAUGUGCAGCAAGUCCUCAGGGGUGUGGAGGUCAGCCCCAAGGUGGAAGCCGUGCUGUCUCUCCUGAGUGCCCCAGGGCUGAGCCUGAAGCUGGUACGGCCCAAAGCCCUGCUGGAUAACUGCUUCCGAGUCAUGGAGCUGCUCUACUGCUCUUGCUGUAAACAGAGCUCCGUCCUAAAUUGGCAGGACUGUGAGGUGCCCAGCCCUCAGCCCCACAGCCCAGAGCCCUUGUCGCAGUGUGUGGCCGCCUAA